CGCCUCAUGGCACGGGGGUUCUACCCGUCAACAGUCACAUUCAACACGCUAUUCUCUCUCUACGCCUCGCUGCCCUCCUCCUCCUCCUCGCUCGCUGCUGCCCGCCGCCUGCACGCCCUCAUGCUCCAAAUGGACGUGCCUCUGGACGUCUACUCGUGCUGCUCUCUCAUUGGCCUGCUCAGCCGCUCCGGGCAGGUUGAAGAAGCGGUCGGGCUGUUUGAAAGAAUGAAGGCGCAGGGCGUGCAGCCCGACUCUCAUGUCUUCAGCGCAAUGAUCGCCAUGUUCGCGCGGCACGGCAAGCUGGAGGCCGCGCUGAGAACCUUCCAGGAAAUGAAGGCGGCAGGGUGUGCAGUGGACAUGCCCGUGCUGACGUCCAUGAUCGGCGUUUACCACCGCUUGGGUCUGCUGGAAGAGGCUUCUACAGCUGCAAUGGACGCUAUUGUGAGUGGAAGUUUGAGCUUCGCUGCCCUCCCUUCCCCUCCCACCCCAGACUCAGGGCAGCGGGCAUCUGGACUGGAUCCUGUGAUUGCCAGCACCAUCAUCUCCCUCUUCUCAUUCGCCAGUCUCCCUUUCAUUCCCAACUUCCCAAUUGUCCUCUCUAUGUGCCUCCCUCUUUCUUUCUAA